UGCCUUACGGAGUGCCUUCAGAAAUCCAGAAAACCGUCCCUGUUGCUCCGCUUAAGGCUGCUGGAAUCGAAGAUAGCUUUUAGUUUGGUUCCUCCACCUUGUUGCAAACCCGAUGCUGUAUCCCUACUGCGCGUCACGGUACCCCCGUUCCGGCCGCUUUCCUAGCUCAAAUACCUGAUAGCUAACAGGAGAGUCUUCCUUUCACCUCCCCAGACUCAAGGUGGACGAUGAUGUUUCGCAACGUCCGCGACUUCCUCCGGCGCAAGUAUGUCCCCUCGCGUAGUCCAAGUGUUGUUGCUAUGGAAACACCUGUAUUUCCACCUGAGAUUUUCGAGCUAAUCAUCGACUGCGUCGCCUCCGAGGUGCUCCGCUCAUGUGCGCUCGUUUGCAGGUCUUGGCUCCUUUGCGCACGCCGCAACAUCUUCCGUAUCGUUUCGCUACACGAACACAAGAACAAGGGCGCUUUCGAGGACUCAGAGGGCGUUGCACGUUUACACCUACGAUGGAACCGGGUGAGAGUCGUCGACCUGGCUUCUCUAAUCCAAGAUAUCUCUAUCGCAUGGCAGUUUGCUGGUACACUCGUCCCGUUGGCAUCCUCAUUCAUCCGUCUGAGGAGGCUCAAGCUAUACUCCUCGGAUGCAGCAUAUCGGUCCCCAGGUGCACUUGAGAUCCGAUCCGCCUCCCAGCUGCUCCGUGCACCGCCAAUAUCGCACCUCGAGAUAUCCACAUCAUAUUUCGAGACCUUUCGGCUUUUCCUGUCCCUUUGGGAUACCUCUUAUCCUUCGCUGAAACACCUGAAGAUAUCCCUGAUAUCGAUACAGGACAUGCACAGCAGGUUCCGGUCGGUCAUAAUUGACCAAGCGAACGAGAUUAUGAGGUCGUACGACACCGCUAAUGUCAGAGAGCACACCAUGCUCGAGUCAUUUGAGCUCUGGGAGAAUAUGCCUUGCGCCAGUGCUAUCGCCGUCUUCCUCCUCCACCCAAACUGCCCCAUCCGUAUCAGCACACUGAAGGCUCUCAAAUUGCAUUCCGAUCCUAUCACCGGUCAGGGACUGGCAUCCAUAUUCGUUCCCGUCCUGCCAUCAUCCCUCACUAACCUCGCCAUCUCCUGCUCGGAAUCCCAGGAUGAUUUGUGUCUUAAUUCGCAGCGUUUGCCAGGUCUGAGACGCCUUACUCUGACCGUAGUGUUGGCAGCUGAGGGUCUGCUCGGGGUCAUAAACAGACUACAGUUGGAACACCUGACGCUGACGAUCCGGCGGCCGUGGGAGGGACAUGACUGGGAGCGCUGGCAUGCGUUGGACCUGUGUCUUGCGCGGUGUUUAAUACGGCAGGUGGAUGUGGAGUCGAUGAGAGCUGGUGACCUCAAGAGCUUGAUGCCUUUGAGCGCCGAGUGCAACAACAUCCGUUGGGUGACCUGUAGUUAAAUGCGUACUCCCCUUUCCUGGCGUAUCUUUCUGAUCGGGGAAUGAUGAUCUGAUCAUCGAUGCUAUUCGGUGUGUACCUAGCUGCAGGAACGGUGAAUGUUACGUGUGUCGUCGCGGUUGAAACGAACUUUAUCCAACGGACUACAGCCCGAACCUCUCCAGUUGUGGAUUCGGCACCUUUGGCUUGUCUCAAUCAUCACCACCACUACUACGGCCGAUCUGCUCAUUUGACGACAAUCUUUGGAAGAGAAAAU